AUGACGCUGCAUCAGCCUCGCUUUUUUUACCUUCGCCGCACAAAAAAGACCCUCCCGCCGCAGCACGUUCCUGAUCGUCUCUGCAGUGACAUCACAGAGCCUCCAUUUGCGCAUGGUGGCGGCGACUUCGGUAGCUGUCUGAGACUCUCCGGUCUUAAUCUGCUGCACGAUGUUUACAGCGGCAGUCGAAAAAACCUUGGUCGGACGUCCAGAUCGCGGCGAAUCCUGCGUCCCGCCCCUCGCCGAGUAGCGUACAUGGAUUGCACGCACUGUGUGCCAAAGGAGACCGAGUUGGUCGGCGAUCUGGCGGUAGGAGAGGCCGGCUUUGUGCAGCUCCAACUCGUUCGACCGAAUGACCUCCCUACUCGGCUUGAUGACAGUGGGCUUCGGCGGCGAUGGUGGGGAUACAUUACCGCGUGUGACUCGCUUCACGAACGAAGACGGCGGGGACGAGGCACGAGUAGAACGAGCCAUGGGGGCGUCGAACUGUGGAAAUGA